GUCCAAAAAUAAUAUACGCGGAGUCCAUCAGACUUCCCUUGCGUCAGCAUAUAAUUUCUGGAGCUGAAGAGAAAAGGAAAGAUUUUGAAAAUAUGGGUGAUGACGCCAUGAACCCUCGUGUCACUUCAGGUGAUAAACUUUGGAGAGGUGAAGACCUCAGUGACCGUAAAGUAAGAGCCUUUUAGAUAUCUGCAAGAGGGUUCAGGGUUCUACUUUUUAAUGCCUAUGCUCAAGCUAUUAUGCCCACCAGCAUUCAACUUUCUGUUUGAUACAACUACCUGGUCUUGGGAUGUAUCAAAGGCCACAUCAAGCACCUGUAACAUCUCUUCAUCAAAACCCUUACCUCUUAGGAGGGGAUCAAAGACCUCAUCUUCUUUGCCUUCACUCCUCAUAUCCUGCACCCAGCCAACCAAUUCUCUUGACAUCUUUGGCCUGAAUACCUCUACUGGCCUCUUUCCGGUGAGUAGCUCAAGCAUGACGACCCCAAAACUGUACACGUCUCCUCUCAAUGUGGCAAUCCAUGCUUGCCCAUACUCUGGAGGAAUGUAACCCAGAGUACCAACAAGCUCGGUUGUACAUGAGUG